AUGGCAGAGACAAAUUAUAAAAAGAGAUCACUCAUUGAAGGUUCCAUCCAUAAACGAAAGCCUCAAAGGCCAGCCUCUGUGCCAGCUGACAUUUAUAUUGCUAGCAAUAGCAAAUCAUCAGCUAUUGUAAAUAGAGUUAAGAGACUAAUGCUAAAAGAAAACCAUAAUACUGUCACCAUUCACGGUCUAGGAGCCAUGGUCACACGAGCCAUUUCAAUAGCUUUACGAGCGCAAGAAACCCUCAACAAUCAGAUCGAAUUAAAACCAACGACAGAAACCAUUGCUCUGACGGAUGAUAUUAUACCCAAUGAUAUGGAAAAAGAUCAGAGUACACAGCAGAGAAUGAAUUCUGCUAUACGUAUCAAACUAGAAGCAAAAGAGGGACUAUCCAGAUUACAAAAGAGAACAGGUAAAAUCAUUCACCGCCCAUCAAGGAAUAGAAGAAAUAGGGUAUGGUUAUAA